AUGGGAGGGUGUCUCCUUAAUCCUUCGAGGAGGGGACCCGCAAGUGUGGUUGCCAGCGGUACGGGCGGCAGAGCAGGGGCGAGAGGAAUCGCUGAGGGGAGCCAGUAUUUCCCCAGAGCUUCAGCCCAGGCAGGGGAGAUGCUCCAGUGCCUGCCUUCAGAAGGAGAGGAAGAGACAGACUCAGAAGAGAGGAGGGACAGUUCCAUAGAAGAUUCGAAAGAAAUCGUCACCCUGGCUUUUGUGAGAGAGAACACUGGGGAGCAAAAGGGACUUCAGAAUGCCUCACAGCAAGGCAAGAAGAAGAGGAAGAAAAAGAGAUUGGUGAUCAAUCUGUCCAGCUGCCGAUAUGAGAGUGUGCGUAGGGCCGCCCAACAGUAUGGCCUCCGAGAGGGAGGGGAAGGCGACGACUGGACCCUCUACUGGACUGACUACUCAGUGUCGCUGGAGCGGGUGAUGGAAAUGAAAAGUUACCAGAAAAUCAAUCACUUCCCAGGGAUGGCCGAAAUUUGCCGCAAGGACUUGCUGGCCAGGAAUAUGAGCCGCAUGUUCAAGAUGUUCCCUAAAGAUUUCCACUUUUUCCCAAGGACCUGGUGUCUGCCUGCUGACUGGGGAGAUUUGCAGAACUACGGCAGGUCAAGAAAAAAUAAGACAUACAUCUGUAAGCCGGAUUCGGGCUGCCAAGGGAGAGGUAUAUUCAUCACCAAGACAGUGAAAGAAAUCAAACCAGGGGAGGAUAUGAUCUGUCAACUCUAUAUUUCAAAGCCCUUUAUCAUCGACGGGUUCAAGUUUGACCUACGGAUUUACGUGCUCAUGACAUCCUGUGACCCUCUCAGGGUUUUUGUGUACAAUGAAGGCCUGGCACGCUUCGCCACCACCUCUUACUCCCACCCCUGCACUGACAACCUGGAUGAUAUCUGCAUGCACCUGACAAAUUAUUCCAUCAAUAAGCACAGCUCCAAUUUCCUUCAAGAUGCUCACUGCGGCAGCAAGAGGAAGCUCUCCACCUUCAACGUGUACAUGAAGAGCCGUGGCUACAACGUGGAGCGGAUCUGGGGGGAUAUUGAUGACGUCAUCAUCAAGACCAUCAUCUCGGCGUACCCCAUCAUCAAGCACAACUACCACACCUGCUUCCCCCACCACACACUCAACAGCGCCUGCUUUGAAAUCCUGGGCUUUGACAUUUUGCUGGAUCACAAACUCAAGCCCUGGCUGCUGGAGGUCAACCACUCUCCGAGCUUCUCCACCGACUCCUGGUUGGAUAAGGAGGUCAAGGACACCUUGCUGUAUGACACUUUGGGCCUGAUCAACCUGAGAAGCUGUGACAAAAAGAAAGUCUUGGAGGAGGAGAGACAACGGGGGCGGUCCCUGCAGCUGUGUCGUUCUCGGGAGACCAGGAUGGAGGAAGUCAAGGGUUUUCAGGCCGUGCGUGUGGAGAAAACGGAGAAGUAUGAAAAGGAAAACUGCGGAGGCUUCCGCCUGAUCUACCCCAGUGCAAACUCGGGGAAGUAUGACAAGUUUUUCCAGGACAACAACUCCCUGUUCCAGAACACCGUGGCCUCCAGGGCUCGGGAGGUGCACGCCCGGCAGCUGAUCCAGGAGCUGAGACUUAAACAGGAGAAGAAACCCUUCCAAAUGAAAGAGAAGAGGGUGGAAGCGCAGGGGGAAUCGGCAGGAGAGCAGGCGCGAGGCAAAGGCGUGAGGAGCUGGCCACAGAAACCACGGCAGAAAUGCAAGACCGCCACCAACCCGACCUCCAAACAACACCUCCAGCCCUUGACAUUAGUGUCCUGCCCACCUGACUUGCUCUCAAGUGUCAGAGACCCAAAGAAAGCUGAGACAGACAGCAGCCUCGACCAGGGGACCCCCGAGAAGGAACCUGGCCCUGCUCCCUGUACGCCUCCCUCUGAAAGGCCUUACAGCUCAGUACCCGACUUGAUGAGUUCCAGCCUUCUCUGCUGCUCCAGGCCAGAGCUCAGGAAAGCCAUCUCCAGAAUCAAGGAAGCCAAUCCCGCCUCUGCAGUGAACGCAGUCACCAGCACUGUGCCUCCAACCUCAGUAGAAAACUUCGCCGAAUCCACCAGCCAGGUCUCAGACUCCCCCGAAUCUCCGCUGAGCGUGACUGUGACAACCAGCUCUGAGUGCAGUAGCUCAGAGGUGGACAGGGUGGUCCCCAUUAAAUGCGAGCAGCAGCAGAGGCCUCGGCACCUCAUCCAGGAAAAAAUAUCGAAAAAGUCUCUGCCUACAAAAUCCCAGAGCUUCUUGGGGAAUCUGAAGCCAAGCUGGACUUUGCUAGAGAGUGGCAUGAAGAAGCAACGUCCGGUGUCAGAGCUGUUCACCAAGGUUCAGUUGAGGGAGAAGCUGUCCUUGUCCCCAGCUCACUUUAAUCCAAAACUGGUGCUGAGUGACCAGUCACAAAACCCCUCCCUGCCCCGGAAGUGCUUCUUCCACAGCCGAAGCUCUGGCGAGAAGAGGCAGCUGGAUGUGCCCUCCCUCCUCCUCUUGCAGAAUUCUCACGGCCAUGGUGUUUCUCUGAAAGAUCUGCUGGUGGUUGCCACUCCAGCCCGACUGGAUCCAAGGCCCUGCAGAAGCCACAAAGGUGUCAAGAGAGACCUGUGUAUACAGGAUCAGGAAGCACACAGUCACUGAACUGAUCUCUGGUCAAAGAGGAUGUGAGGGGGAAGUAGAAUCAGACUGGAUCUCUGCCAUUUUGUUCCUUUCCUCCUCUGACUCCCAGGAAAUGAUCUGUCUCUUCCAACAGUCUCUACGAUGUUCAGAGAAGCAACUGAAAGUUUUAUCUCCUCAUCUAGACAUCUUGGUCUUAUGACUACCUCCCAAAGCACCACAGAGGCUAACAGCCUUAGCUUUUUGUGCCCUCCCGGUUAGCUUCCAGUCCUGCAGGACCAUGACUUCUGGGAGUUAUUGGUGCGGCUCCAGGACAUACUCCAGUUGCCCCACCAGUGGCGUUGCUUUGGGCCCUCACAUGGCACUGUCAUCCAGCUCACGCCCAGGAAUAGAGCAAUAUGAAGAAGAGAGCAGUAUUGCAGAGAAAGACUUUUUCCAGGAGUCCAAAGCCCUCGGGGCAUCAACAGGACUGUGUCAGUUGGUCCCCAAUUCCAGAGAGAAAAGACAAAGGGCUGGGCUUGAUGGAGAAGGCUGAGCCCUGAGUAAAGGAGCUGGGUUCUAACUUCACCAGGUAAAGACCAGACCUCCUCGCACACUCACGCCGCAGUGCCCAAGCAUCCUCCUGCCACCUCCUUUGCCAGCCCCACUCAAAGUGCCAGCAAAGACAGAGGUGAGAUGAGAGUACCCAGCCUGCAGGUGUUUCUUCCACGGACCUGAAGAAAUGAUGCAUCUUCCCCUCAAGUGUGCAUUAAUAAAGUAAAUUGCUGGAGUUCCCUGGUGGCUCAGCAGGUUAAGGAGCCUACAGUCUCUACAAUGUCCACAGAAGCAACUGAAAGUUUUAUCUCCUCAUCUAUUGUAAAUAAUCCUGCAACAAACAUAGGGGUGCAUGUAUCUUUUUACAUUUGGUGUUUUCCUUUUCUUUGAAUAAAU